AUGUAAAAAAUCAAAUUACUCGUUUUUCUAGCUUUUGCAGCCACCUUAGCAGCAGUUAUGUAUUAAUAUGCACCUUUGGAAUAAUAUUAUAACCUAAGAAGACUCUCUCAUGAAACUUACACAAAAGGUGAAGCCAACUAUGAAUUUUGUAUGGAAUUAUGUACAAGCAAAGGAGGAGUCAAUUGCGGUGGAAAGAGAAAGGGUUGCUGUCAUGCGAAUGCUUGUAGUGCCAAUAAGAUCUACGGAUGGGAUGAGUGUGCAAAGGGUUAAUCAGUAAGACUCGGUACAGACAGAUGCAUUGGUAGUUGGGAUUGA